AUGGAAACAUAUCACGGUUACGUCAAAACACCACAAGAUGCCAUCUUACUUUUUGAGGCUUGUCGCAUAGGAUUUUUAUCUCGUAUACAACGUAGACUUAGUGAAAAGGAACGAUCAUCUAUACGUUCGGGUUCAGUCUUCGUUUGGGAUGAACGUGAAGCUGGUAUGAGACGCUGGACAGAUGGAAAGAGUUGGUCUGCAAGUCGUGUUAGCGGUAGUUUUCUAACCUAUAGAGAAUUGGAAUCAAAACGAAAAUCAAAUUCUCCAACUGAACAAUGCAGAUAUAAACAUGGAGGCCUUGUUAAACAAUCUUUUAGUAUAACGACAACUGCUCAUCAAAAAUUACAUUUGAUAUGUUAUUAUACUAAAGCUGAUGUUAUCAGUGAAAAAUUACAAAUUCCCAUGAAUGAUGAGAAACUUAAAGGUAUUAUAAUUCCAAAGGGUAUGUACCCCGAAACAUCAAAUGUCGAUGGUGUCCCACAACAUCAAUUACCUUUUCCGGCUUCUUAUCCUCCUCAAAAUUCAUCAUCUGUUUCAAAUGGUCAUCAAUUACCUCCACAAGAUAUUCCAUGGGAAAAGAUUAGGAAUACUGAAGAUCAACGACAGUUAGAAGCAAUUUACACCAAUUUAAAACUUUUUUAA